CUCUAUAUAUUCAUAAUAACUUUGAGGAGAGAUACACUGCAUCUUCAAUUUACUUCUUGUUUCCUCAACUACCUAAAGCUCUCUUUGCUUAAUUUGUCGUGAGUUCUGAAAGAUAUGGCAGAAUUUCUCCUUACUUUUUCUGCCAAGGAAAUACUGACCAAGGUUAUUUCGCUUGCUACUGAAGAAUUCACUCUCGUAUUGGGUUUCAAAGGAGAUCUAGCACAGCUGCAUGCAUCAUUCCUCAAGAUUCAAGCUAUGCUACUUGAUAUCGACCAUUCACAUGGUCGAGGGGUGACUUUGGAAAAUUGGGUGAAGGAUCUUGAAGACAUAGCUCACAAAGCCGAUGAUGUUUUGGAUGAAAUUGGGUAUGAAGUUCUCCGACGCAAAGUAGAACUCCGUAAUCAGAUGAAGAAAAAGGUGAAAUUUUUCUUUUCACACAACAAUCCCAUUGCAUUUCGCUUUAAAAUGGCACAUAAAAUUAAAAGAAUCAACAAAUCUUUGCUGGAUUUGAACGAUGAGGCAGCUGGCCCUAUUGGGUUAGUUGCUAGGAUACAAGCAGAUGCAACCUCACAAGAUGUUGAAGUACCCGACAGGGAAACCAUCUCCAAAUUUUAUAAUGAUGAGAAGCUCAUCAUUGGAAGGGAGGAGGUCGUGUCAGAUAUAGUCAAAACCUUGACCAAGUCAAAUUACAGUGCCGAAAACUAUCCUCCAGUUUUGGCUAUCGUGGGAAUGGCAGGCUUGGGGAAGACAACUUUGGCUAAAUCAAUAUUUCAUGAAUCUAAGAUUGAUAAACACUUCCAUGUAAGAAUAUGGGUGUGUGUAUCUACUCCUUUUGAAGUCAAGACAAUCUUAAGGAGGAUUUUAGAAUCUCUAAAAUCAGAGGAAGCUGCAGUACAAGGCAAGGAAAAGAUUUGUAAUCUCAUUCAAAAAGAGUUGAAAAAGAAAAGAUACCUUCUUGUACUUGAUGAUGUUUGGAGCGAAGAUCCUCAAAAAUGGGAAGAGUUGAAGAAUUGUUUGUUAACUGUUGAAGAUACUCAAGGAAGUAGCAUCAUUGUUACUACCCGUAGUGACAAUGUUGCAAAAGUCUUGGAGACCCUUCCUAGGUGUGAUUUGAGAAGACUAUCAGAUGAUGAAUGUUGGCUCAUAAUGAAGGAUAAAUCAUUUUCAGUUGAGAGUGCUCCUAUGUCCAAAGAGCAAGAGACAGCUGGUAAAGAGAUUGCUAAGAAGUGUGGUGGUGUACCAUUAAUGGCAAAGGUUUUGGGACCUAUGUUGCGCUCCAAAACAACAGACGAAUGGCGGUCAAUUGUAAACAGUAAGAUAUGGGAUUUACCAGAAGGAGAAAAAAGAAUUUUGUCAAUUUUGAAGUUGAGUUUUGAUGAAUUGAAACCUUCAUCCUUGAAACAAUGUUUUGCAUAUUGCUCGAUGUUCUUCAAAGAUUUUGAUAUUGAAAAGGAUGACUUGAUCCAACUAUGGAUGGCUCAAGGAUGGCUUCACCCUUGUCCUGACAAAGGCCUAGACAUGGAGGAGAGAGGUAAUGAAUAUUUUAAAAUCCUAUUGGCGAAGUCGUUUUUUCAAGACGCUAGAAAGGAUUAUGGUGGUAAUGUUACCAAAUGUAAGAUGCACGAUCUUGUGCAUGAUCUUGCAGAAAGUGUUUCAAAAUCAAGGAACUUACACUCACUUUUUCUCAAUGGAGAAGUCCUUGACCUUGAGAGCAACUUACUUAAUUUUAAAUCUUUACGUGUCUUAAAUUUAUACAAUGCAGACAUUAUGGAGUUGCCAAUUUCAAUUGGGAAGAUGAAACAUUUGAGGUAUCUGAAUGUUUUGAAAACAAGAAUCAAAACAUUUCCCAAAUCAAUUGGUCAGCUUUACAACUUGCAAACAUUGAAAAUAGCCUAUCAGCUUGAAGAGUUUCCAAGAGAAAUUGCUAAUUUGAUCAACUUGCGGCACAUUUAUUUUGGUAGAUAUAUGAAAGUUCCAAGUGGAAUAUUGGGACGGUUCACUAAUCUUCGGUCAUUACCUUUUCUCAAGGUGGGUAAAGAGACAGGUCCGAGAAUUGAGGAAUUGAGUGGUUUAAACCAGUUGCAGAACACCUUGUCUAUUUAUGGAUUGGAAAAUGUAAGAGAUGGAGAAGAAGCACAGAAAGCAAACUUAGUUGAGAAGAAACAUAUACGCAAGUUAAUCCUUGAAUGGAAGCUUGAUAGGCCAAGCCACAAUGUGGAGAAUGAAGACGAUGUACUAAAAGGCCUACGACCACAUGAUAGUUUGGAAUUUUUGGAGAUUCAUGAAUUCAUGGGCGUUGAAUUUCCAUCCUGGUUAUUGCUAGCCAAUAAUUUGAAAGAGAUUGAAUUAUUAGGCUGCAACAAAUGUGAAGGAGUUCCAGUACUUGGCCAUUUACCCAGUCUUAGUUGUGUUAAGAUUAGGAGCAUGGAGAAUCUAACCUGUAUGGGAUCUGAGUUUUAUGGUGAUAUCCAUGUUAACUGUGGAAAUGGAUCAAGUAAGGAGGCCCGGCCUUUGUUCCCUGCUUUGAAAACAUUGCAUAUUGAGGAGGCACAGAACCUGAUUGAAUGGAUGGAAGCGCCAACAGAGGGAGGAAGUAGGGUGGUGUUUCCUUGCCUUGAGGAGCUGACCUUGAUUCACUGUGACCAACUGACAAGUGCUCCCAGUCAUUUUCCAUCUCUUAAGAAGUUGGUGAUUAGAGAAAUGGAUAGUGGAGGCAUGCCAAUAGCAAGUAUUCUAAGCAAUCAACUCACCACUCUCACUUAUCUCAACUUAUGGGAUGUGGGGGGACUUACUUGUCUGCCGGAAGGCAUGUUGGAAAACAACAAGAAUCUUGCACAUUUACACAUAUCUUCAUGUUCGGAGUUGACUCAUAUAGCAGAAGAAUUUGAGCACUACUGCGCAUCUCUUUCUCAUUUGGAUAUAUAUGAUUGCAAUAAUUUGAGAUAUUUACCUGAUGGGAUACUCACAUCUUCUCUUAAAACGCUGUCGUUGUGGCAUUGUGACAAUUUAAAGUACAUCCCGGAUGCUACACGCGGUGGUCUCACAACCCUUGAAACAUUGGAUGUGAUGAGGUGCCCCAAAAUAACAUCCAUUCCAUUUUCACAAGGCCUCCCAUCUCUCGGUGUAUUAAGUAUAGAAGACUGUCCGGAAUUAUCAAGUCUACCGGGUGGGCUGGAAUUAUGCACCUCUAUUCGGAGGUUGAGAAUAACAAGGUGCCCUAAGGUACCAUCCAUUUCAAUCGAAAGUCUGAGUACAUCCCUCCAACAGUUGUGUGUAAGUAAUCUAGACUCUCUUCCAAUUUCACGAGGAGGCUUCACAUCACUCCGUGACUUGGAAAUCUGUUACUGCGAAAGUGCACAAUUUGGGCCAGAAUUUAGUGCCUUUUUUCAAACCCUUGAAUCUCUUCAAAAAUUGAAGAUAUGGUGGUGCGAUAAUCUAGAAACUAUUCCAAGUUCAGACAAGCUCACAUCCCUCCGCAGCUUGGAGAUUAGUUGGUGUCGUAAAUUAAAAUGUCUACCAGAUGGGUUAGCAGCAUCGUCACAGUCCUGCAGCCUCACCCGUUUGAAGGAAUUGACAAUUGGUCGUUUCUGCGAGAAGCUCCAUGCAUUCCCGGCUUUUCAGGCUAUACCACAGCUUGAAUCAUUAACCAUCUGUGGGUGGCGUAAGCUCAAGUCUCUCCCUGAACAAAUUCAACACUUGCCUUCUUUAAGACAUUUGGAAAUACGGUCCUUUGGUGGAGUGCAGGCUAUUCCAGAAUGGUUGGGAAACCUUGCAUCUCUGGAGGACCUGACUAUUAGGUCGUGCAGUAGUCUGAAGUAUCUACCUCCUGUGGAAGCUAUGCAACGCCUCACCAAAUUGAAAGAGAUAAACAUCUCCAACUGUCCCCGUCUAGAAGAAAGAUGCACGGAGGAGAGCGGCUCAGAGUGGCCUAAGAUUCGUCAUAUUCCAUUAAUCAAGAUUGGAGAUAUAAAAAUCGAGAAUUAACGAACAUCGAGGCGAAUAAGGAUGUAUGAGGAACAGAUAACAGAUAAUACACCACAUGCUGAAGAAUUGUGUUGCAUAACAGAUUUCAUUUCAUUUUCUCAUCUUAGUAAGUGUUUUCCAUUUCUCCCACGAUUCUAUAAUGUAGUGCAUAACAGAUUGAUACUUCUUGUGAUUGAAAAGGUGUGUAAAUGGAGGCUGAUAUGCUUAAGACCAUGAAAUUUGAUUUAGGCAAUCCUACAUUAAAGACAAUUUUAAGGAGAUUCAAUAGAGUUGCUGAAGAGAGCAAAAGAGUAAGUUAGUCUCUUUAUCAUUCUCUCUGUCUUUUCUAUAUAUAUGUAAUCACUGUAUCACGAGCAAUUAAAUUAUAUAAAUAAAUCCAUUCAAUAUGUUGUUUUUGCAUGGGCAUCUAGUUUGUUUUUGACAAACAAUUUCGGGAGGUUUUUGCUAAAUUGGAGGAGUAUCUGUUUUGCAAACAGAGUCCUGGCACUUCUCAUGAUCCAUAAUUUCCCUUACAUGGUUUUUGUUUACUCAUUCCUAUUGAGAAUGUAUAGCAUAAGUAUCGAGCAUAGAUAGAGCAUGAAUACAUGCAUACAAAUUGUGUUAAUUGCGCUAAAAAGUUUAUGACCGGGUGAAGUUUAUAGAAUCGUUUAGGUCUUUGUUAUUGGGGAUUGAAACUAUAUGUAGAAGACACACACUUCCUACAACUUGGUGAAGUCCUUGGUAUUCGACAUUAUUACUUGAAAGCAAUAGAGUAGGGUUGGGAUAGUUUUCCAUAGUACUAUAGCAUCAUUCAAGAAUGGAAUUCUUUGAUUUACUUACAUCCAUUUACGUUAUAAGCACUAAGCAAUCCCUUAACUUCAUGAAGUUCCGCACCAAGGCAAGGUUUCCUGUCAGAGCUUUCAGUUUGUGCCUCCAAGUUGUCCUCCAAAGUGGUGGUGCAAGAUUAUUGGGCUAACUCUAUUUUCCUAAACUCUUUUAAAAUCGUUACUAGCAUGGAAGGAGAUGUAUUGAAAAUUCUUAAUGGCUUUCACAAUACAAGUAUAACCCUCUGUUUAGUGUUGCACUCUUUGUAAAUAGGCAAAAAAAUACCAACUCUUGCUAUUCUUUUGCAGCAAGCCAAGAUUUUCUCCUUAUUUUAUUGUCAAUAUUGGGGAUUUGGUUUCUCCAAAGCAACUGCUAGCCAUCUAGUCUGAGAUCUUUGGAUGAUAAUCAUGAUAUGGAAUGGAAAAAAGCAAUGUAAGAUGAAGCCUGUGUUGAAUUGAACUUUUAAGAUUUUAGUCUCAGAUGGUGUUGGUCUUUUUAGUGCCAGCCAAGCUGAGAUGUUCCACUAGAGUUGGGAGUACGUACGGAUGCCAUUGUUCUUUCGGUUACUGGGCAAAAGUUUGGAUAUAGGCUCAUCUGUGCUUGUGGAUACUUAGCUGAACAACCUAUCAGGAGUGGACACAUGGGCAACAUGCUCCACGUCAGCUUAGAAAACUUAUCAAGGAGCCUCACAUUCACACAUGAUGAGAGGUCUGCCCAUGCCUUGUAGCUACUUAGACAGUCAAACAUUAAGGAGCUUCAAUUCCAUGCCUCAAGGGACGAUGUUUCAUCAUUCUCCAUUCAGUUGCAUUCGCUUUUUUACUUGUAUUUUCAAAGCUAAACCAUUAUACAGUGUAAUUGACCAUAUUUAUUUCAAUCAUAGUGAAACCACUAGCAAACUACCGUGACGUAGCCCUAAGCUCUAGGCUCUAGCUGAGUUUUGGGUGAACACGUAAUUCUCUAGUGUUAUUUUGUGUGAUUGUCUUUUAAUUGCAGUUAAUAUUUCGGCAAACCAUUCUUUAA